GCGGCGCCUGCGCGCUGCGGGCGGUUUUGGCGGGUGGAGCGCGGAGCGGCGGCGGCGGCUCGGAGGAGCGGGCAGACCGCGGCGGACGGGCCCGCGCCGGAGCCGCUCCCCGCCCAGGAUCCGUGGGCGCUGCGCUAUGGGCAAGAGGAGCAAGCGGCCAGCCGACAGCUCGUCCUCGGGAGACGAGGAGGAGUAUGUGGUGGAGAAGGUGCUGGACCGGCGCGUGGUGAAGGGCCAGGCCGAGUACCUGCUCAAGUGGAAAGGCUUCUCCGAGGAACACAAUACUUGGGAGCCGGAGAAGAACCUGGAUUGCCCGGAGUUGAUCUCGGAGUUUAUGAGAAAGUAUAAGAAGAUGAAGGAGGGUGACGGGAACAAACCACGGGAGAAGGUGGAGAGCGCCAAGAGGAAAGGAGGGCUGCCCGCCGGCGGGGAGGACGUCAAGGCCAAGAAGAAGAGGGAGAGCAACGACAUCGCCCGGGGCUUCGAGCGGGGGCUGGAGCCCGAGAAGAUCAUCGGUGCCACCGACUCCUGCGGGGAUCUCAUGUUCCUGAUGAAGUGGAAGGACACAGACGAGGCCGACCUGGUGCUGGCGAAAGAGGCGAACCUCAAGUGUCCCCAAAUCGUCAUCGCCUUCUACGAGGAGCGGCUGACCUGGCACGCCUACCCCGAGGACACGGACAGCAAAGAGCGCGAGACCCCCAGGAGCUAAGGCGGCCCCCCCACACCUCCCCCUGCCCCUGUACAUAGCCCCCCCCCCCCCAUCAUCUCGUGUGUUGUCGUCCCCCCCCCCUCCAUGUCCCCAGGGAUCACCUUGCCCCUCCCCACAGCCCCCCUGGGGACAGGGGAGGGGACAGUCAUGCCCUUGGGGGGGGGGAUGGAUGGAUGCAAUGCUUCCUCUCCUCCCCCCCCUGCUGCCCUCCUCUUUGGGGGUGUCUGAAGGGUGGGGGGUGCCCCCCCCCCCUCCCUGCAUCCCCCUCUCCCCCCCAGACAAGGGGGUGGGGCAGGUUUGGGGGGGCUCAGCCCUGGUUUUUUGCUGUUUUUUCUAAGAUUGGUGUUUUUAGCCAGGGCCACCCCCCCCCAGGGUGUCCCUGUGUCCCGUCCCACCCCCCCCCCCCGUCAUGUGUGUGUCCCCCCCUCGUAUUUGCUUCCAAUAAACGGUCACUUUUCA